GUUCGCCUUCCUUUUUCAGUCGUAUGAUACAUCUGUAAUUAAUGGUGACCAUUCUAAAAAAUCUUGUGCAAUGUUUCAGCAGGAGCGGUACGCUGACGACACACACAGCGAGCACGGCGUGGCGGCAUACAGCCGGAGGCUGUCGACGAGCAUCGAGUCGUCAUCCUACGGGUACGACCGGAGCCCCAAGACCAUGGAGGUGGACACCGGCCGGCCCAAGUCGCGGUCAUCGUCGCGCCAGGCGAGCUCCCCGCCGCUCGACCCCUGCGAGGAGUGGUGCGCCGCCAACAACCCCAUGUCCUCGCCGCUGCUGCCGUACCACAUGCCAGGCAGCGCGCCACUGCGCAUCGCCGUCUCGGCCCCACGCUACCUCCCAGAGUAAGACUGGUGCGCGAUGGAGAAGGCCCGGCCGGCCACGGCGCAGAGCACGCCACGGUACAUGUUGAAUGCGCCGGCCACCCCGACAAAGAGCGUGUGCGGCCCCGGCGGCUACUCCUCGUCAUCGCUGCUCAGCUGCCCCAGCUACAUGUCCAACACACAGUCCUUCGAGGCCAAGGUGCGGUCGCACAGCGCGCCGAAGCAUCGGCCGGAGGCCCCCGCCGCGGCGACCACCAACCAGAAGCGGGUGCCGAUGAGCGAGGUGGUGGUGACGGAGUCCCAGGCCAGCCUGAGCGGCGUGGACAUGCAACGGUCCUGCAACCGGGUGCAGGAGGCGUUCAACUUCAAGACUGCCGUCGUCGGCCGCCUCGACCGCUUGUCGACGGGGGCCACCGAGAACUACCGGCAGGCGUUCGUGCAGAGAAAGUGGUGAUCUAUGCUCUUUUCUAGACUUCUAGUCGUAGGGAGACGACGAGAGCUUUGCGUAAUUAGCAAUAAGGAUGCGUUUUCAUGCCUUCUUUGGAGCUCUCGUCCUUGAUUUUGUUUUCGUAUUGUUUCAAUUUGGGAUCAGUUGUGUGAUUUGUGUUUGUGGGUGGCAAAAAAGUGUACCAGGAAAAUUUCAUUCGCGGUGCACUUGGAUGUAAAUUCUUGUUCUAUCCAGUGUGUUCUUUCCAAAAUUGAAAAAUCCAGGUGCACGUGCAACCAGAUUCUUCCUGGUAUUUCACAUCA